AUGCCUAUUAAGGUCAACAAAAAUGUUGAUGAUAAAAAAUCUAAAAAAGAUAAAGUUCUUAUAAAUGGUGCUGCUGUUAGAAAUAAUAUUCAAGUACUAGAGUAUUCCAGAACAUUACAAGCGUUGUUGGCAGGUUUGGCUGCUGGAAUUAUGGGUCUACAGUCAUUUGGAGGUGUAGCUCUUUAUUUUAUCACGUUAUUUAUUCAGAGUGGAUUGUGGUAUGCUAAAGCGGACUUUAAGACACAUCAAUUUUUCCUUCAGAAUCACCAUCUUGUGACACAUUCAAUUGUUGGAGGAUUUUUUACUUAUAUUUUAGCAAUGUCUACAACAAUUAAUAAUGACAGUUCAGAAAAUUUAUUACAAAAAAUACUUUCAUUAUCACAAAGUAUUACAUCAUCAAAUGAUUCAAAUAAUACUAGUGAUAUUGAAAAUAUGGUUAGUUGCAUGAAUAAUAAAGAUACUUAUGACAAUAAAAAUGGUAGUAAACUUAGUUCAAUAAUUGAAAAUUUGAAUUCACCUAAAACAUUUUUACCAAAAGAAGGUGAGGAAGCUACAAGAAAAAGAUCUCUUGCAAUUCAAGAACUUCUUGCAAAUAAGAAAGCACGUUUAGAAAAUGCUAAAUCACAACCAAUUUCUAUUACAUCAUUAUGCGAUAUUUUUUCUCAAGAUAAAUGUGGUGAUUCAAAUACAAUUUCUAGUGCUGAUACUGAGUCAAAUGAUGGAUCAGAUAUAUCACAAAAAGAAUUACUUCAAAAUGUUAACAAUUUAGCUUUAACAAAUAUAUUACAAAAUACAAAUGAUAUUAAUCCACAAGAAUUUUUAGCUAAAUUAUUUAGUAGUAAUGAACAGGUAAAACAAGUAUCGACAAGUAGUAAUACAACAUUACAAACAUCAUAUACAUCAACACCGGGAGUUAGUAUAACAGAUGAUAAUGGUGUACUAAGAUAUCCAGAUGUAAAUGUUUCUGAAGAUGUUAUAUUUGCUAAAGUUCCUGGAAGAUUAAGCCUUCUUGCUAAUUGUAAAAAAUAUGAAGUAUCUGUUGGUGAAAUUAAACGUCGUCUUCUUGGACCAGAAUGUUUUAAUUUUUCACUUUUAGGUGCUCUUCUUCGUAGAGCAAAACUUCCUCAAAAGUCAGAUGAAUUAGUAUCUGACCUUGCCAAAAUUGGUCUUUCUAUUGCUAGAGGUCGUCGUAGACAUAGUAAUCUUACCUUAAUGUCUGCAUUAUGUGAAACAGAGGCUUUAAAAUUGGCAAAAGAUUUAGGAAGAACAACUAAGAUACAUUUUCCAUCUAAAACAAUUGCAGAAGAUGCUUAUAAAAGAUUUUCUCUUCUUCCUGACCCCGAUAAUAAACUUAGAGAAGAAAGAAUUAAAAAAAUGAAAAAUGCAAUAGAAGUGUUUCAGGAGAUGUCAGAGUAUAUGUUAUCUGAUCGUAGUCCAAUUUUAGAUCAUGAAACAACACCUAUUUUACCUCCAGAUAUUCAAAGUAAAUUUACAAAUUAUUCCAUGUUAACACAUGGAUUAGGGGUACCAGUUCUUCUAAUUGGUCUUCAAUCAGCUAUGGAUUAUGUCACUUCCUCAUUAUCAUUUUUUGAAGGUUUAAAUUGUACAAAUAACAUAGAUUUGACAGCUAACAUUACUACCAAUAAUAUUAAUAAUAAAAAAGAAGAAGGUACUAUUUAG